AUGUGGCUCCGCUUUGCACCUGAAGGGCUGACGGAGCUUCUCGAAUACAUCAAAAACACUUAUAAUACUCCUGUUCUCAUAACAGAAAGCGGAUGUGCCGACAUAUUGGGAGAAAAGAGUGAAGGCGUCGAUCCUCUCAACGACGAACAUAGAAUUCGUUAUAUUAAGGGACACAUCGAGGCAGUCAGAGGAAGGUAA